AUGUUCAAAUGGCCAAAACAAAGAAAACAUCGUGCUCAAGCAAAAAGGGAUGCUGAAAAAAAUGGGCAAACAAUUGAUCAUUUUUUUUCUAUUACAAAAUCUAAUGAAAGUGAUGAAAUAAGCGAAGAAUCUGAAGAUGAACCCAAUGAUGAUGAUGAUUAUUCCUAA